AGUGUCUCGACGCGGGAUUAUUAGGGUUCUGGGUUCUCGACGCGGCGGCGGCGGCGGCUACAUAUACCCCUUUCUUUGUCUCAGCAAGCAAGGCUUAGGGUUUGGUGGUUGGACGCAGAAGCUUGUAGUAGAUCCUUCGUUAGGGAGUCGCCAUGAGCCGGUCGGGGCAACCUCCGGAUCUGAAGAAGUACAUGGACAAGAAGCUCCAAAUCAAGCUGAAUGCAAACCGUGUAGUCGUUGGCACGCUGCGUGGAUUUGAUCAGUUCAUGAAUCUGGUCGUGGACAACACAGUGGAGGUCAAUGGAAACGACAAGAAUGACAUCGGAAUGGUGGUUAUCAGGGGGAACAGUGUUGUCAUGAUCGAAGCCCUCGAACCGGUUGCCAAAGCUCAGUGAACUGUCAGCCUGCUUUGGUAGUUAAUAAGUUGGUAGUGUUAAUUUAAAACUGAUGUAUGCCGUUGGGCACCAUUGUAUCUUGAGUUCCUAACCCUUAUUCAUGUGCAAGUGUUAAGCACUUUUGUAUAGUUGAGCCUGUGUUUCGACUUUCCAGUUGCACAGCCUGCUGGUUGUUAUUCUGCUGGGAUUUGUGCUAUCAUGGUAGAGAGCGUGUGAUAUUCCUGUUCUGGGCAGGGAGCUAUCAGUUAAGUUUGCGGGAAAUGAGACGCCCUUCA